AUGGGUUACAGAGAUCAACAAUACAAUAGAUCAAACUACAACAGCCGUGGAGGUGACUUCCGUGGUGGUAGAGAUUCCGACAGAAAUUCAUACAAUAGAAGUGAAAACCGGAAUAACAACGGCUAUCAAGGCGGUCGUGGAUUCAGAAGUGAACCACAAGAAUUAGUUGCUCCAAAUUGGGAAGAAGAAUUGCCAAGGCUCCCAUCUUUCGAGAAAAAUUUCUACGUUGAACACGAGGACGUUAGAAAUAGAUCCGAUGCUGACGUUGCCAAGUUCAGACAAGAAAAUGAAAUGACCAUUUCCGGUCAUGACAUUCCAAAGCCAAUUACUAAUUUUGAAGAAGCCGGUUUCCCUGACUACGUCUUAAAGGAAGUUAAAGCCGAAGGUUUUGACAAACCAACCUCUAUUCAAUGUCAAGGUUGGCCAAUGGCUUUAUCUGGUAGAGAUAUGGUCGGUAUUGCUGCUACUGGUUCCGGUAAAACAUUGUCUUACUGUUUACCAGGUAUUGUUCAUAUCAACGCUCAACCACUUUUGUCUCCAGGUGAUGGUCCAAUUGUCCUAGUCCUAUCACCAACAAGAGAACUUGCUGUUCAAAUUCAAAAGGAAUGUUCCAAAUUCGGUCAUUCUUCAAGAAUUAGAAACACUUGUGUCUACGGUGGUGUUCCAAAGGGUCAACAAAUCAGAGAUUUAGUUCGUGGUGCUGAAAUUGUCAUUGCUACUCCAGGUAGAUUGAUCGAUAUGAUGGAAAUUGGUAAGACUAACUUAAAGAGAGUCACUUACUUAGUCUUAGAUGAAGCUGAUAGAAUGUUGGAUAUGGGUUUCGAACCACAAAUUAGAAAGAUUGUCGACCAAAUUAGACCAGACAGACAAACUUUAAUGUGGUCUGCCACAUGGCCUAAGGAAGUCAGACAAUUAGCUGCUGACUACUUAAAUGAUCCAAUUCAAGUUCAAGUUGGUUCCUUAGAAUUAUCUGCUUCUCACAAUAUUACACAGUUAGUCGAAGUUCUUUCAGAUUUCGAAAAGAGAGAUCGUUUAUCUAAACAUUUGGAAAUUGCCUCUGAAGAUAAGGAUUCAAAGAUUUUAGUCUUUGCAUCGACAAAGAGAACCUGUGACGAUAUUACAAAAUAUCUAAGAGCUGAUGGGUGGCCAGCUUUAGCCAUUCACGGUGACAAAGAUCAAAAAGAACGUGAUUGGGUUUUGAACGAAUUCAGAUGCGGUAGAUCACCAAUUAUGGUUGCUACCGAUGUUGCUGCUAGAGGUAUUGAUGUCAAAGGUAUUAACUUCGUUAUCAACUACGAUAUGCCAGGUAACAUUGAAGAUUAUGUCCAUAGAAUCGGUAGAACUGGUAGAGCCGGUGCUAAAGGUACUGCUAUCUCUUUCUUCACUGAAGAUAACAAGUCCUUAGGUGCCAAAUUAAUUUCUAUUAUGAGAGAAGCUAAGCAGACUAUUCCAAAUGAGUUGCUCAAAUACGACAAGAGACAAAACUACGGUGGUCACCCAAGAUACGGUGGCGGUCGUGGUGGCCGUGGUGGUUACGGUAGAGGCCGUGGUGGUUACGGUGGUAACUUUGGUGGUAACCGCGGUUAUAACAGGCCAAGAGAUAAUGGCUGGGGCAGAGGUGGUAACAGGUAA